CACACGAUGGCGAUCUUACAUCAGAAAGAAAAUGCAUCAAACGCACGCAAACAAUGUAAGACUAGCUAAAAAGUUGUAUGGACAUAAAACCUAACCUUUUAUCCUCUCCAGUCCUCAUCGUGCAGGUUUAAAAGUCCGUUUUAGCAGACAACAUGGGUUCAUCCUUCAUCCAACAAACAUCUUCCACUCUCUGCUCAAGCACCAGGCACUGAAACCUAAUGAACCUUGUUGGUAACCAUGUUAAACUGGCCUGAAGUUACCUGAGCUCAUGACUAGUUCCAUGUAUAAUUCAUCUCCUCAGUAAUCUACUCACCUUCAGAGAAGGAAUCUGACUCCAUUAGCCUGUCUACCUGCCCUGGAGAAGGACUUAAAUUUGGAGUCUGUUAACAGGUAAUGGUUUAAGAUCAUGGCUGAACAAAGGCAACGGGCCCUGUCCACAUCAGGAGAGGCUCUGUACCAGAUUCUUGGCCUUGACAAGAACUGCACUCAUGAUGACAUCAAGAGGUCCUACAGGAAGCUCGCUUUGAAAUAUCAUCCUGACAAGAACCCAGAGAACCCCGAUGCCACUGACAAAUUUAAAGAGCUCAACAAUGCUCAUGCGGUGCUGUCUGACGUCACUAAGAGGAACAUUUAUGACAAGUAUGGCUCCCUGGGUCUGUAUGUGUCGCAGCAGUUUGGGGAGGAGAAUGUGAACACAUACUUUAUGCUCUCCAGCUGGUGGGCAAAGGGUCUGUUUGCCAUCUGUGGCUUGCUGACAGGUUGCUAUUUCUGUUGUUGUCUGUGCUGCUGUUUCAACUGCUGUUGUGGGAAGUGCAAACCGCACACACCUGGAGAAGAGGACCCGGAGUUCUAUGUGUCUCCCGAAGACCUGGAGGAGCAGAUCCGUACGGACAACGAGAGAGAUGGCGACACUCCGAUUGUGAUGCAGCCAACCAAUGCUAGUGAGAAGACCCAGCUGAUCGGUGAUGGACACAGAACAUAUACCUAAAUGAAAAAAUGUGACGAUAGAUAUUAAUUUUAAAAUUCUUUUUGAAUAUAUUGGUGUCUUUUACAAUAUACUGUUUAUGUUAGGACUGAGAAAGCUAAAAAUACUCAACUUCUUAAGCUUUGUUUAGCCAUGCUGUCUGUAAAUAACAGAUAUUAUAUUAUUCUUAUGCUUCAUGUGGAAUUAAAACUGAUAAUGUGAUAAAAAUGAUACAUAAAAUGAUUCUCCUUUAAAUAAUAUUAUGUACACUCAAAAAAUAUCAGGGCCUAAAUUUAAGAUUUUAAGAAUUUUUUUUAAAUUUUCCAUAUAACAUUUUCAUCCAUCUGGACAUUUUUAACAUAAACUAAUAAACGUAAUGUGACACAUAUUUGUCAGUCAUUCAUUCAGUUAUUCAUUGUGAAAACAAUUAGAUUUAUUCAGUUAAAAAGUAUGAACAUGGUUCAAAUAUAGCUAUGGAAUAUUCAAUUAACUGCAAUUAGUUAAAAUGUAUGAGAUGGAAAGAAAUUUGAUUUAUUGAUUAUAAAUAUGUACAUCAGUCUAUUAGUAUUUAAAACAGUCUAAAGAGUUAAAAGUCUACUAGUAUUAACAUUUAUUAGUACUAUUAAAGAAAUCUUACCUGUUCCAUUUAUGUAUGACAAAUAUGUAACACAAUAGGUUUAUUAGUUUGUCUAUGUUAAAAGCGUUGUGUGCAAGUCAAAUUCAUAAAUUCUAAAUUUAGGCCAAUUUUUGGAGUGCAUAUCUUACAGAUUUUCAAAAUAUAAAUUCAGAUAUUUCUGUACAUUUAACAGUGGUUUUAAAUAACUAGAGGCGAUUCCAGGAUUUUUUCAUCUGGGGGGCACAAAAGGGCCACAAUUAAUACAGAGGGGCCAAUCUUAUGUUGUGUAUUUAACUGUAGAUAUCUAAAUCAUUUAAAUAACACAUUUUAUUUGCUUUGUGACAGUACUCUACAUGAAUAUAGAUGGGAUAUUCAUUGUUUCAUAAAAUCUUAAUGCAACAUAAUGUGCACAGA